CUUUAUAGAAGCGUUCCCUCAAUGUGAUAGGUACUGAACAUGACUGCAAAUAGCAAAUUACUUAAUCAUCAACUAUAUAAGUACCUGUUUGUUUUGUCAUGAAGUGAAACUUGCGAGCAAGAUCCUAUUACACAUGAAGUGGCUUCUUGCAUCCUUAAAUAUUAAUCCUCAAGUAAAAACAAAUUAAAGAUACUCCCAGGUCACUUGAGUAAGUCUGAGCUGAUGCAUCCCACUCUCCCGUAUCCCACAUUAAAUGUUCUUUGCCUUGUCUUUGUGCCAACACCAACAUUUUUGCAGCCUCUGAAUGGCCUUGGCAGAAGGAUGGGGAUGUAAGCUGCGAGGGACCCGGUCCUGGGGGGGGGGCACAGGAGCCAUUACCAGCCAUUGGCAGCAGGAACAGGGCUCAAAAGUACAGCGAGCCCUGCAAGGGAGAGGGUUUGCUAAGGACCUGUGGUCUUAAGAUGGAGAUGAUGGGAAGUGUUAGGAGGGUAACUCUGAAAUGAGAGAAGCCCCUGAAACGGAAAAAAAAAAAUGGCAACAUGGGGUGGUGGAGACUCAAGGUGGAGGAGAAAGAGUGGAAGGCCGCAGGGGACUGUGCAAGAAAUAGGGAUGUGAAAGACGGCAGGCGGGAAGCCACAGUUAGGGAAGGGAGGAGAGAGGCCGGGGCUGGGGUGUGCGGGCACAGGCAGGGGAGCAGGUGUGUGGAGCGCGGAGCCGAGACGGGAUGGGUCUAAGAGACAGCGAGGGCUGAACGGUGCGCUGCACCCGCCCAGCGCCUGGUACGGCCGGUGCCAGCGCGGCUGAGCGCGGGAGCGAAGGACGCGGUCCCGCCCCGUGUGCCCGGCCCGGGGCUCCGCACCCGCGAGACGCUGCCGGCGGGACCCCUGGGGGAACGGGCACUGGGCCGGCCCUGGCGCCCCUCGGCCGCCGCCGGGGAACCCGCGCUGCUCAAGGGGCCGCCGCUGCCCUGGGGCAGGGAGCGGAGCGGCCCCGGUGCUCCCAGGGCUCGGCAUAGCCCCGCCGCCGCCCACUGCGACCACCCCCGAGGAGGGGCAGCGGUACGGCCCGGCCGCCACCGGCUGCGAAGGGUGCCCAGCCGGGAAGCGGAGGUGCCGCUGACACCGCCGUAGCCGGGGCCGAGCGAGGCACUCGCCCUCCCGGCAGCGGGCCCAGGUCCGGGGACAGGGCCGCCCGCUCCGAUCGGCGCCGCCCGCCCGGGCGGGCCCGGGGCCGCCCCCUCCUUCUCCCCGCAGCGCAUUCGCCGCGGGGGCCCCUCUCCUGUGACGUCAGCGCCGCCUAAAAAAGCGCCCCGGCAGGCAGGGCAGCGGGCUGGGCAGCGGUCGCAGCGCCGACAGCGACGGCCACGACAGCAGCAGCGCGCGCCCCGCCGCCGCCAACAUGGUGUCCCCCGUCACUGUGUAGGUGAUGUGUGCAGUAGAACUCUUGGAUUGAUGAAACCAAGCUGGUAACUGAAGGAGCUGUGGCUUGUGCCAGCAAUACGAGGAGCUGCCCCUGCAGUUCUGCACUGCAGGCUGUAUUGUCUGAUACUUUGGAUGACUUUUCCCCCAGUUACUACCAUGUACCUGUUUGCAGAAGGCAGUACUUGGUUGUUGGGAUAGUGCAUCCAGGGUGGUCUUGCAGAGUGUUGUUUCAACCAAGUUUUGAGGCAAAUUACUAAAGCACGAGUACGUGCUGGGAAGGGCAUACAGAGUUCAGACUGGAAGACUUUAGGAAGGCAAAUAAUGCAGGUGUGAAGCUAUGGGGAGCUGGAGGGAUGAUAAGACCGGGAGCUGUGACCAGAGCUGCAGCUAUUUGCCAUUGCUGUGGAGGUAUCUGCACCAAGGCAUUCUGCAUCAAAGGAAGAUGAACACUGGUCAUAACAAUGUCCCAUGAUGCAGGAAGUGAAGAGUGAAGGCCCCAAACUGGUCCCCUUCUUUAAAGCCACUUGUGUCUAUUUUGUCCUCUGGCUGCCAACUUCCAGCCCCUCCUGGUUCAGUGCCCUCAUUAAAUGUUUACCCAUCUUUUGCCUGUGGGUUUUCCUUCUGGCUCAUGGGAUUAACUUCUUAGUGUCACACCGGAGUGCCAGCCGCAUCCUAGCAGGACUCAUAUUCUCGGCAGUAGGAGACGCCUUUCUCAUCUGGCAGGAGCAGGGCUACUUCAUUCAUGGUCUGCUGAUGUUCGCCAUCACACAUAUCCUGUACUCUUCAGCCUUUGGCAUGAAGCCUUUGCACCUCAAAGCCGGCUUACUGAUGGGUGUUGUUUCCAGUUCCUGCUAUGCCUUCCUGUACUCCUACCUCUCGGGUCCAUUCACCUACCUGGUGGCCGUCUACAUAGCCCUGAUCGGCUUCAUGGGCUGGCGGGCGGUGGCGGGUGUGCAGCUGUGCAAUGACCUGUGGACGUGGACCAAGCUGUCAGCCUGCGUGGGUGCCAUGCUCUUCAUGGUGUCGGACCUCACCAUCGCGCUCAACAAGUUCUGCUUCCCCGUGCCCUACUCACGCGUCAUCAUCAUGGCCACCUACUAUGCGGCCCAAAUGCUGAUUGCACUGUCGGCCGUGGAGACCAGAGAUGAGGAGGACUUCAGGAAGAGGAGCUAGGUGGAGUGCCAAUAGUCUGUGAACACAUGGGUUAUAUCUCAGGUGCUGUAGCUGCAUUCACCCCUGAGAGAGAUCUCCAUUUCUCUAGGCACACUGGUGAUGUUGAUUUUGCUUCUUUGAAGCAUUACCUUUGGGAAUUACAUUCUUUUCGUUGGCUUUCUCUGAAUACAGCUUACUUCAGUGUGGAGUCCAUAUCAGAAAGCUUAGACUGUCCCUGCAGUAGUUACUCAUUCAACUUUUCCUCCUUGGAAGUGCAUUUUACUUGUGAGUCUUGAAAUUGAUGCUGAAUGUCUGGGAAGAGGAGGGCUGGUGGAAAGGAGGUUUGGCCAUGCACUGUGCUAAAAGGCUUGCUCUCAACUGUAGGCAGACAGGCACAGAUGUCUGCUAAAGUCAUAGGUAAAAAUUAAUUUAACCAAUGUUUGUCUAUUUUGCGCAUUACAGUAUGCAAACUGGAGCUAUUCCUCCACUGAAAGGAAGCUUGGAGGGAGAAUAAAAACAGCAUAUCCAGCUAGGAGCUGAGCUCUGGAGUCAAUGGCCAGCAGAACCAGCAUGAAAGCAGAACCCCAAGCUGAGGGCACAGAGUGGGAGGUGUGCUGGCAGUGCUGUGUGCUUUGAUUGCAGUGCUUACUACUCCAGGGCAGGUCUCUAGGUGCAGGUCAGCAUUGCUGCCUGCGGCAGAACUGUAAAGAGCAGGAAUUUGGUGGGAUAUCAGGUGUUCUCCCUCUCCAUGUGCACGCAGUUACACAGUGCCUGCAGCUGCCAGUGAGAUGGAAUGGGCACACAAGGAACUUUGAUUUUUAAAACAGAACUUAGUCAUUGUCUUACUUAUUGUAUGUCCUAAUUAUCCUUACUAUGGCAGACAGGCAUCUAAUCUUUAUGCCUUUUUUCUCCAAUGUUCUAACAAGUGAUGUACCCGUGUACACAUUAAGUUUUAGUAGCACUUUCAGUAAUACUUUUAGUACUGCUGCCUGCAGUAUCUUAAACCUUUGUGUGAACAUUUCCUGUGAUCAUGGCCCUGAUUUUGGAUGUAGAUUGCCACAUUUUGCCAGCUGGUGAAAAACAAUCCUCUUUGCACCACUUCUUUUUUUUGUCAGAAAGCCCCUUUUCAGCAGAGCUUCUGUCUUUUGUGUUCAACACGCCUGGCACUUCCUUCUCAAACUCACAUGAACUCAUAUAGAACCCUGCUAGCUUUUUCCUUUUGUUGAGAGGUGCUGAGUGGGUCUCCUGCUCCUCUCCAGCCUCACCUGGUGUGCCUGGCAGGGAAUAGGCAUUGCCUCCCCACGACUUCUCCAUCAGUGCAAUUGCAGCCAGUAUUACAGAAAUCUGGGUUAGCCAUCCUGACCCCAUGGGGGCAUCUGCUGCUUUUCAGACAGGGAUCAGAAAGGUCAGCUGCAUUAUGGAGAGGGAAAGCACUGUAGGUAGCACAGCCCCUGUAAUCCCUUCCCUUUAAUGCUGUUAUGUAAUACUGUCAGUAUUCAUUCACUGGCGCAUGGGGGCCUGCCUGGAGUAAACAGCCAGGGGAAUUUAGAGCCAUACACCAUUUUCAUUCUUCAGCAUUGCUUAUGUCCUGGCCACAGAUUGAACCCUGCAGUGUAGCUCUCUGCAGAUGUCACCUGCUGUUACUCAGUUUGGCUGUUUGCAAAUCUCCUCCUGCAACAAAGUGACCCAGCUGAGAGGAAGUCUAAGCAUUUGAGGUGAACCCCAACAUCCUCCCAGCAUGUGAGCAGAUAGCACAUUGCAGUCUUUGAAUCCCAGCUCCUUGGCAUGGGUCAGCACACUCAGUCCUUAGCUGGCAGUUCUUCAGAGGAGCUCCCCACAUCCUGAGCUUCCCUUUGCUUUGAGGGAAAUGUUUGUGUGAUAAAGUAAGCUUUAUUUAAAAGUCUUGAGUUUUGAUUCUCUUUUUUCUCCUCUCUAGAAACGAGUAGUCUUGAACUGCUUAAAAAUAGCUGAGUUGCUUUUCUGUUUGCUUUUUCUUCUUAGCUUGCUUUGCUGUCCUGCUGUACCAUCAGCCACUGGAUACCUGCAGAAGAGACUUGAUGUGUUAUUAGGAGGCCUCUCCUCUCCACUGGCCAUCAGAGGUGCAGUUUCUGGUGGCAGAGGUCUCUGGGUGGGACAGCAAAACUUGUGCAGCCCAAGUGGGCUGUUGUUCCCUUGCUGUCCUGGAACAGGUCACCUGGAGUGACCUGGCUGGGACAUAUUGGCCAGUCACACUGGCUCCAUCCCCUGCUGCAACAGCUUCAGCCUUCCUGGGAACAUAAGGCAGAGCCCUCAGCAUACAAAGGAGAGUUCUCGUUGGUUUGGAGGUUUGCUGGCAACGGCUCUUAAUCUUCAAAAUCUCUCUCUGGCUCUGCAUUCCCCUUUCUAAUCCCUGUUACUUGAAUGAGACCAUUUUCCUGGAGGCUCUUCCUGCUGGGAAGAGACCAGCUGCUGUGGACUGUGAUCUGACACAAUUUUGAGAUGCCUAAAUCCUGAGAAGCACUAAGCAGUUGCUGGCAGUCUGUUAAAUAACUUUUCCUGGGAUUAAAACUGUUCCCUCAACCCCAGCGAGGGCAAUCUUCACUUUGAAAUAGAGCAAAAAAUGAAGUGGUGUUCAUAUGUGACAAAUGGCGUUACUGUCUGUGGGGCUGCCUUUGUGGACCCUCCUGUUGUCUCUUUGCCCUGUAAAAUUUAGGUCAAAUCCAUUCUUCUCCUUUUCAGGAGUACAGUUCUUGAGAAGCACCCAGUCUUUGGCCCAGGAAUGUUACAGAGGGAAUGAAGCCUUCCAAGUGCUGUAGUGUUCCUGGCCCCAGCAGCAGCAGCUCCUUUUGUUGCUAAGUACGGAGGCUUUCUUUUCACACUGCUAUAUCCAAACAUCCUUCUGCAAACCUGUCUAUGGUCACUUGAGCUUACACACGUGGUUUGGUUACUUUCUGUAGUUAUCACCGUCUUGGAGGUCCUUUGGCUCUUUAAUUGGACAUAUAAAAGAUGCAGCACAUUUACUUCAGCCUCUUUCUGUAGGCAGAUCCUCCUUGCACAGAACUCUCAGGGUCAGUCAGGGAAGCAGUGUUAAUUGCAACUUGUUUUUAAGUGCUAGUAAUGCUGUGUCACAGGGUGAUGCUUGUAGAAACAGCAGCUCAAGAAGAACAAAGCCAGAGGAUUUUAACUUUAAGCUUUACUCUUACUCUGUGCUGGAUACCUGGCUUCCUACUCCUCCAUACUGAGGCAUCUGUAAGACUGAUUGGUUUAAGGAUUACUCUAACAUGGCUUUUGAGUAGAUUGCUUGAAGGUUUCAUGUUGUCAUCAGUGGAGGUGAUUAAUAUAUUUUUAGACAAGUUUAUAAAAUUCCCAGGAGGAGCUUGGCAGUUUUUAGUGGCUCUUCAAAGUUUUCCAGUCCUGUAGGUUGAUACUAACACCUGCAUUUUCAUCUUGCUAUUGUGGUAUUUUUGGAAGCUGUUCUGGAGAAGCAGAUCAAAGCAAACAGCAACUGUAGAGCUUAGUGGCAGAUGCCUCUUUCUCUUUGCUUGGUUUCUGAAUGCAGACAGGGCAUCUUUUAAGCAGAGGCAUCAUAACUGUGUUAUUGGAAGAGGAUAGGAAGUUGCUGACUUCUCAUGACAGAAAUCCUCCUGGGUAGUUCUCCUGCCUUUUAUCCAUGCUCACUUCUUGUGUGGCCUUGGGUGAAUCACUUAAAUUUUCUGGGGUCAGGUCCACAUGUGGUGUACGAGGACCAGUGCAAUGCCAAGUUAUCCCAGCAGGGGACCAGGCCCUCACCCCAUUCUAAAAUGGAGAUAUUACCCCAUACCUACCUCACAAGGAUAACAUGAGGAUUGAUGCUCAUACAGAACUUUGAAGAUGUCAAGUGCUAUGUAAGUCACAAGUAUUAUACAACUUUAAUGUUAAAAUUGCUUUUAGGGAUCUGCAGGACUUCUCUUAAAACAUAGAAUGUGUGACUGCCUUUUCAAUUUGCAUCAGAUAGAAAAAGACUGCAAAAUAUUUAUUCAUGCUGGUUAACAGGAUGGGCUCAGCUACACUUGAACUCUGUGGGAGGUUUAGCUUAAAAAUCUGAACUCUCUAAUUUCAGUUUUGCAAAUGAUUUUUAGUUCUUCUAAAAGCCUUGACCAAAUUCUUAGAUGUGAACCUUGCAUCCAACUUUUGCAGUCUGGUCUUGUCUCUCACUCUUAGCUGGAGUAAAUAUAAUCCAGCCAAAACAGAGUGCCUCACAGUCUGCUGUGGCUUUUGAAAAAAGCUGGAACAGAAAAUGAAAUCAUUCUAUUCAACCUUCAGUCUGCAGAAGGUCAGCUGGGUUUCAUGAGACAACUUUCAAAGGGAUGUUUAAUUUCUCUUAUUGUAAGUUUCACUGGCUUUAAAAACAGCAGAGAGAGAAAGCCUUGAUAGAAUCAAUAAGGUCGGCACAUCCUUCUUGAAUUCCCUUUUUUCAUCCAAAUGAAGGAAACAGUGGGUUUUGUAUCAAAGGAAGUGCAUGUACCACCAGUCCCAUGGCCCAGAACAAAAGUUGAUCUAGAAAUACAGCUCUCAACCAUCACCAUGUUCUCAACUAGGAUAAAAAUGCCACUGUUCAUUGAUCUAAAUCUGGGCCACAGCUAGAAACUACCUGGUUUUUGUAGCACUAGCUGCUGUACAAACACAAAUGAAGGCAAGGAAUUACACACCAAGGAAUGUGAGCUGUGUACAUGUGAAAUGAACCAUUAUUUUGAAGCAGCUGCAGUAAAAUCUUAGUAUGAACUCAGAAGCAAACACAAUGCAAUUUUUUAUGGUUUCUUUAAAAUAUUUGAUGGGUUUUCAUUUUCUUAGUUUGGAGAAAAUUUAUUUUUGCUCUUACUGUAAAGAAUAAAAAUACACUAUUCUAGACAGACUACAAAUGAAGAAAAAGUGGCCAGUUGGCAGGAAUGCCAAAAUUUCUGUGGUCUGUAUUGUUUCUGUGCUGACACUAUGCUGCUGUUGAGUGAGCUACUGGAGUGGUGUGAUGGCUCAAAAGUGAGGCUGAAGCACAAGAUGCAGGUGUUGAGCCACCAAGACUUCAAUGGGAGCAUGACUGGGCCAGUUUGGAUCAGUCAAAAGACAGCGCAUAAGGAAAUAAAAGACAACUUUUCCUGACAGGAGAAAAGCAAGGAACCAAAACCAGCCCAUUGGGCGAUGGUGCUGAAUCACUACAAACAUUUUUUAUCUAGACCCUGUUGGUGCAGGCUCCUAAUUCAGCUGGGGAGGCUUGCUCCAAGCCUAUGGUACUGGCAGGGUCAGGCCAGCAGAACCUGAAGCUUUGUAAAUUAAACUCAAAAACCAGAAAGCAACAACAAAAACAAGAAGAAAACCCCAAAACCACAAAAAGAGAUCCAAAAACAAAACCAAAAAACAACCCAAGGAAGGAGAAAGCCAAUGCCACCAGGUAAGUGGCAGUUCUGCCUGACUGAGAAUGCAGAGUGGCUGGUCUGUCCUGAACACUAAUGUCUAUGUCUUGGACCUGUGUGAGUCUCUUGCUCCAGCCCCCUCCCACACAUUCCAGGCAGAGUGCAUUGAAAAUGUGACUGAAGCAGCUGCUCUCCUCUGGGGAGUCAAGCACUUUGCCAUGUCUGAAAGUCUCUAGCACUUACUUUAUUUACUGUGAUUGUAAAGGUCACCACAUAGUACAGCCACUUGAUCUGGGAUCUUUUCUUAACACAUUUUUAUGCUGAUUUUACUAUUCUUUGUUUGGAAUGUAAUUUUUUUUCUCAUUUCUUCUGUGUGUAACAGCAAUUGAAAAUACUAAUUUACUCAGUAUUUUUACUGUGCA